AUGUCUGGAGAAGCUGGCGAUAAACCUGCUGAAGGUGGUGAGAAUCCUGCAGGGGAACCUCCCGAACCUGGCGAAAAUACUGCGGAAGCCCCUCAAGAAGAAGGUGGACAGGCAAAUGCAGAAGCUGUAGAAGAAACUGCUGUGAAGAUAGAUGAAGUGGCUAGAAAAAUGUCACGUAAGAAAUCAGUGAUGCCUUCCACAUCAUCUCUGAAUGCACAAAGUAUAAUAGAUAUAGACAGAACUGCCCUGGAAGCUAUUCUCGAUGUCAGUUCAAGAUUACAGGACAUCCAGAAGAAAAGCAAAAUAUCUAUGAGCACACUGGCCUUAGGUCACGAGUCUUACAAAGAUAAACAAGCGAAAGCUAAAGAAGCUCGCAAUAAUAGAAUGGGUGGAGUAAAAACACAAAGUAGAUUUCUGCUAGAAAAUGCAGCUGAAAUUUUAAAUAAGAGUAUUGAUUAUGUUAUGGAAGGUGUUUAUGAUGCUGAUAUUCAUAUUGAGAUAAUGGAUAGUGCGUUAGUAGAGGGGGGAAGAAAUUGUUUUGUUCUCUGUGAUGCUCUACUGCCACCUUUAAAAAUGGAGUCCGGAAGAUUCGUGCCAAAUCAAAAAGGUAAGAUGGAGAGAACUUACAUAUCUGAUGCGGCGACAAUUGGAACGGAGGGUAUGUGUGUGGCCAUGUAUCGCAUCAAGAAUAAACUUAUUGAUAUAAAAAAGAAUGUGGCGGAAGACUAUUAUUUAGUCUUAUUUGAUAUGAACCAAGAGACAGAGAACGUCGUAUCAGGUAUAUUCAAGACUAUGAAAAGAGUUUACGUUCCAGCCUUACAAACAUGUCAAGCUUGGGGCGAUCUUAAUCCACCAAACCCCAGGAGUACUGAUAUUAUAAAAACAUAUAUUUCGAAAAUAAUGCUCUUCAUCGAUUAUCUUGCCAAAACAAAGAUAGAUUUGGAUUGCUGUACGAAGUUUAAGAUAAAUCUAGUUCUGUAUGAAGAAGAACUCUCUGAUUUAGAGAAGAUGAAAGCUGCAAUUACCAAGACUCAUGUUUUGGAGGAAAUUUGUUUUUAUGUCAAACAGUGGGUUAAACAAAUUACAAUGGUAUUGGUACAAAGUCAACAGCUACGACGUGAGCCUUCGAAUAUAGGGCCUUUAGCUGAGCUUGACCACUGGCGUAGGCAAUUGACGUCAUUUACAUCCAUCAUAGAACACAUCAAGAGCGAUCCCUGCCAAAUGUACAUACAUACUCUCAUACGAGCCAAGUCUAAACUACUUAAGAAAUGGCGAAUGUUAGAUAAUCAAGUAACAGAUUACUAUAAUGAAGCUUUUGAUAACGUUAGAUAUCUUUACGCUCUGGAAAAAUACUGCGAACCUUUGUACAGAUGUGAUCCAUUGACCAUGCAGCAGUACUUACCGGGUUUGAUUUACACUGUGCGAAUGAUAUUCGCUACUUCCCGUUACUACAAUACUACGAAACAAAUAUCAACGUUGCUUGUUAAAGUAACUAACCAAAUCCUUAAUAUGUGCAUGGAUUAUUUGACGAAUGGUGACAAGAAAACUAUAUGGAAUCAAGACAAACUUAACUUUAUCAGUAAGGCUAAGUUAUGUCUGAAUCUAUACAGUUUUUAUCGUGAAUGCUAUAACGAAACUCAGAUGGAAAUGAUGGAAGCGGCCGAUGAACGUCCAUUUGAUUGUUCCGAAAUGUAUAUUUUUGGAAAAUUUGAAACGUUCCGAAAGCGGUUACUUAAGAGUGUGAACAAAUGUCCAACGACUGAAAUAGCAUUGCAUCUAUUGGAAAGGUUUAAGAAACUUAAGUUGGACUGCUUGUAUCUUGAGGAUCAGUAUUAUGAUCUCAUCAGCAAGUACACUGGGGAGAUUGAAGCUAUUCGAGAUAGGUAUAACGAAGAAAGAGAAAAUCCUGACUUACCGCGUAAUAUGCCUCCGGUUUCUGGAAGGGUGAUGUGGAUAAGAUUUUAUGAUAAAAAUAUAAAGUGUCCUAUGAAGGAGUUCAUGAAACAUCACGAGGUCAUAACUCAUAUGGUCCGACUUGGCUUAAUCGCACCUCUACUUAUACGUCAUCCCGUCACCAAUUUAUUUAUUGUCAACUUCAACAUCUAUAUUCCCGAAUGCAUAAGGGAGGUGGAAUAUAUGUGGCAGUUGGGUUUGAGUGUUCCUGAUGCCGCGCAAAUCGUAGCGUACUCUAAGGACAAAAUAUUUGCGGACUAUGAACGUAUAAAAUUUUUGGUGGAGCGCAAUAAUCAGAUACGAAGGAGUAUGCCAAAACUUUACCUGCCGUUGUUGCGAGCACAGCUGAUUAAGCUUGAUCAAGCCUUUCAGCCGGGACUCUCCAUAAUAACAUGGACUUCUUUAGAGAUACCGGCGUAUUGUGAUAACAUUGAGACUGUACUCGACGAAGUUGAUCUAUUUAUUAAAGAGGUUGUAGAUAUGAAGGAGGCACGUAUAGAUGCCAUUUUGCAGUCAAUAGCGACAACUUUAUUAGUAUACUUGCCUAAGACCGCAGUGGAUCCCAAUUCAUUCUAUGAAGAAAAUUUGAUAAGGCGAGAUGAAAUCGCCAAUGAAAUACAGCAAAAAUCUUGGAACGCAGAGCUGGCUGUAAUAGAAUUAAUAAAUAAGUUCUUAGAUAGUGUUCCAUCGAAACAGAUCCGAGAUUUAAAAGAUAACUGGUUGGAUACAGAAAAGGCGUUGAAACAAGUAACAUCAGCUACCAGAGUGUUCCCAGAAGAUGCAGCGUUUAUGGAGAUUGAAAAUCCCGAUAGAUUUGAACCUAUGCACGCGAUAAAUGAAUGCAACGAGCUUUUUGCAUACUUUGCCACAAAGUGUCUGGAAGCUCUUAUAAAAUGUACGAGACAAAGUUUAGAUCUACUUAGAAAACGAGCCUCGGUUUCCAGCUUCUUGACUAUGACGACGGACCCCGAAGAACAAAAGAAACUGAAACCUCUCAUGCUCACGAUGAUGUAUUUGGAAAUUCCCAAAAUUCUUAUAAAGCCGUCUUUAGAGGAAAUUCAGUCGGCGUUCUCACAGGUUGUGUUAAAUUGUAUUAUGGAUAUUCAUCGCAAUGUAUACAUGUGGGGUCAACAAGAUUUGAUUAAAAAGGAGAAAAUGGGAGAGAUUUCAUUGAUUGCUGCUAGGAGCGUGAGUGCUACAUCCAGAUCGGGCUCAACUUUAAUUGGUAUCAGAAGUUACUUCCGAAUGGUUUCUGAACAUAAGGACAUAGUUCGUGCAGUCAUGGCCCUGCAAGGCAUGAUGUACAAAUUUAAACCGGAUAUAGAAAAACUCUUGACUGGUUAUGGUCGAUUUUCACAUUUGUGGGCCGAAGACAGAGUUAAACAAGUUCAGGAUUUUGUCGACACAAAUCCUCUUAACGUCAUAAUCAGAGAUAUGUUUAAAAAAUACGAAAAUCAAACGGAAGAAGUGGUUCAUCUCCCAGAAAGACAUAUUAUUGGUUCUAUUCAAAUAGACAUGGAAAAAAUUAAAUUGGCUUUGCAUAUUGAAUCCAUAGAAUGGAAACGUAUUUUGGGUAAAUUAUUAAGUCAGGCUUAUAAAGAAAGAGUUCUCAAGAUGAUGCAAUUUAUAAACGACCGCAUGAAGGCCAUGAGUAAGAAGAUAAAAGAUUUGGACGAUGUCCGCGUCGCCAUGAUAUGUUUGGAAUUGAUAAGAGAAGAGUUCAUAGGAAUGGAUAUAGAGCUAGAUUUGAUUGAAGAGAGUUAUGCUACAUUCAGUCAGUUUAAUAUAGAUAUUCCGAAAGACGACGCUGAUAUGGUUUAUGGUUUGCGCUAUGCUUUCCAAAAUAUGCUACUAACUUCUCAACAAGUGCAACAGAGAAUAGUAGAUAUGCAAGGCCCAUUGCAAACAGAAUUGAACGAAGGUGUAACACAAUUUAACAUCGACGUACUUAAGUUUGAUGCUGAUUACGAUGCGUUUGGUCCAAUGACUCCAGGUCUAUCAGCAAGAGAAGCGAGUGACAGAGUGAUUAUGUUCCAAUCGCGGUUUGAUGAAUUAUGGAGAAGAUUUGAAAUGUACGCCAAUGGUGAAAAAUUGUUUGGGAUGGAAGUCAAAGACUACCCUAUACUUCAUCAGAAAAAGAAAGAAUUCAAUCUGCUAAGUAAACUAUAUAGUCUUUACCUCGCCGUAAUGAACUCUAUAGACGGUUACUUUGAAACGCCAUGGGUUUCAAUUGACAUUGAACAAAUUGUUUCACAACUGGCUGAAUUUGAUUUAAGAUGUCGAAAAUUACCUCGAGGUAUGAAAGAUUGGCCAGCAUUUAUUGACUUGAAAAAUAAAAUCGAUGACUUUAAUCAAACUUGUCCUCUACUUGAACUUAUGGCUGAUAAAUCUAUGAAAGACCGACAUUGGAAGAGAUUAGAGAAUCUCAUGAAUUGUGUUUUGGAUGUGGAAUCUCCAUCGUUCCUUCUCGCUGAUGUAAUGGAAGCUCCUUUAUUGAAAUACAAAGAGGAUGUUGAGGAUAUAUGUAUAAGUGCCGUCAAAGAAAAAGAUAUCGAAGCUAAAUUAAAACAAGUUAUAGCAGAUUGGGCUGUAGUGGAUCUUACUUUCGCUCCAUUUAAGAAUAGAGGAGAACUACUUAUCAAACCUCAGGAGACUCUCGAUAUUAUAACUUUGCUUGAAGAUUCUUUGAUGGUUUUGAACUCUUUAGCGUCAAAUAGGUACAAUGCUCCAUUUAAGCGAGAUAUUUUGUUAUGGAUCAACAAACUGGUUGGUACGACGGAGAUAUUGGAGAAGUGGUUGCAAGUACAGAACUUGUGGAUGUAUUUAGAGGCCGUUUUCGUCGGUGGGGACAUUGCUAAGCAAUUGCCAGCGGAGGCUAAGCGUUUUGCUACAAUUGACAAGACAUACGUGAAAAUAAUGUAUCGUGCUCGUGAUAUUGUAAAUUGUGUGGAAACUUGCGUAUCUGACGAUACUUUGAAACAAUUACUUCCGCAUCUAAUUGAACAAUUAGAGGCAUGUCAGAAGUCGCUUACUGGGUAUUUGGAGACCAAGCGAUUAAUCUUCCCGAGAUUUUUCUUUGUUUCCGAUCCAGUUCUACUGGAAAUUCUGGGUCAAGCAUCAAAUCCGCAAUCUAUUCAGCCACAUUUACCAAGUAUAUUUGAUGCAAUGUAUACGGUAGACUUUGAUGAUAAGGAUCGUAUAAUAAACAUGAACUCUGACAACGGUGAAACCAUUCCGCUAGACCGACCAGUUAAUUGUCUCGGAGGCGUCGAGAUAUGGCUUAAUACUUUGCUGGAUACAAUGAAAGAUACGGUGCGAAACAUGAUAGCUAAUAUAGCUCAAGCAAUGACUGGAGAUCCUGAAUUUGAGUUUCUAUCAGGAUUUUGGAAUUUCCCUGGGCAGGCAAGUUUGUUAGGAAUGCAAAUAUUGUGGACAAGUGACGCGGAGUACGCUCUAAAGAAGGCUAGAGUUGAUAGAUAUAUCAUGAGGCUAACGAAUCAAAAGAAUUUAGAUUUAUUAAACGGAUUAAUCGAUCAAACUGUUAAGGAUUUAGUGCCACUCGAUAGAACAAGAGUUGAAACUAUGAUUACUAUACACGUUCACCAGAGAGAUAUAUUUGACGAUUUGGUGAAACUGAGAAUAAAAACGCCGACGGAUUUUGAAUGGCAAAAACAAGCUCGAUUUUAUUAUUUCGAGGACACUGAUGAAUGUAUUGUAUCAAUAACAGACGUUGACUUCAUUUAUCAGGACGAGUAUCUAGGUAUCACGGAACGUUUAGUGAUCACGCCAUUGACUGAUCGUUGUUAUAUAACGCUAUCCCAAGCUAUUGGUAUGAGUAUGGGCGGAGCGCCCGCAGGACCCGCUGGUACGGGGAAAACUGAGACCACUAAAGACAUGGGCCGAACACUCGGAAAACUUGUUAUUGUAUUCAACUGCUCUGAUCAAAUGGACUUCAGAGGCUUGGGACGUAUAUAUAAAGGAUUAGCACAGUCUGGUACUUGGGGAUGUUUUGAUGAAUUCAACAGAAUCGAACUGCCCGUUCUUUCGGUAGCCGCACAGCAAAUUUAUAUUUGCUUAACUGCUCGCAGAGAAAAGAAGGAAUUCUUUAUUUUUAGUGACGGUGAUACAGUGAGCUUAAAUCCGGAAUUUGCCUUCAUUAUUACUAUGAAUCCGGGUUACGCUGGAAGACAGGAGUUACCUGAAAACCUUAAGAUACAAUUCCGUUCAGUAGCCAUGAUGGUACCGGAUAGACAGAUCAUUAUACGAGUGAAAUUAGCCAGCUGUGGCUUUAAAGAAAAUAUUUUAUUAGCAAGAAAAUUCUUUACGUUAUACAAACUUUGCGAAGAGCAGCUCUCAAAACAAGUGCACUACGAUUUCGGGUUACGAAACAUUUUGUCAGUUUUAAGAACAAUGGGUGCACAAAAGCGAGCCAAUCCAGAGAGUACGGAAGAAAAUAUUAUGAUGAGAGUACUAAAGGAGAUGAAUGUAUCAAAACUAGUGGAUGAAGAUGAACCCUUAUUCAUAUCCUUAAUUGAGGAUUUGUUCCCUGGAAUUAAAAUAAGUCAGACAUCACAAAGAGAAAUGCAACGCGCCAUCGCUAUAAUAACAGAUCGAACAGGUUUAGUUAAUCAUCCAGAAUGGAAUUUAAAGAUAAUUCAGCUUUACGAGACUUCGUUGGUGCGUCACGGUUUAAUGACAAUGGGUCCGACGGGGUCUGGGAAAACGACAUGCAUUCAUUCAUUGAUGGCCGCUCUUACGGAAGUUGGAAAGCCGCAUAGAGAAAUGAGAAUGAAUCCAAAGGCAAUUACGGCACCUCAAAUGUUUGGUCGACUGGACGUAGCGACCAAUGACUGGACGGAUGGUAUAUUUUCUACAUUAUGGAGACGAGCUUUGAAAGUUAAAAAAUCAGAUACGACUUGGAUAGUAUUAGAUGGUCCAGUGGACGCAGUGUGGAUUGAAAAUUUGAACUCUGUGUUAGACGAUAACAAAACAUUAACGUUAGCUAACGGUGAUCGUAUAUCGAUGGCUCAAAAUAGCAAACUUGUGUUUGAGCCGGAUAAUGUAGAUAAUGCGUCACCGGCUACUGUAAGUCGUAUGGGGAUGGUGUUUUUAUCAUCAUCUGUACUGAAAUGGCAACCUAUAUUGGAAGGAUGGCUUAAAAAGAGAUCUCAAAAAGAGGCAGACGUAUUCAGAGUGGCCUUCAACAAAGUGUAUGACGAAGUUCAUUCAUUUCUGCAACAUAAGCUACCAGUCAAAAUGAAGCUCCUGGAAGCUAUUUAUAUCAGACAAUGCAUUGACGUGUUGGUGGGCUUACUGCAAAUUGAAAUACCUGGGGGAAAGUUACACACAGACCGACACUUGGAGCGUCUUUUUAUUUUCGCUAUGAUGUGGUCCCUGGGUACUGUGUUAGAGUUAGACGGUCGUUUCCGUAUGGCUGAGUUCAUGACCAAACUACCAGUCCGCAUGGAUUGGCCAGGCGCCCGUUCCAAAGAAUGGGUUAUGCCCUUCGAUUACAUGGUUAAUGAAUACGGAGUUUGGCAGCACUGGUCCGAAAACGUUGAAGAUUAUAUUUAUCCAUCUGACAGCAUACCUGAGUACGCUUCAAUUUUGGUCCCAAAUAUCGAUAACGUGUGCAUUUCCUUUUUAAUUGAUACAAUAGCGAAACAAAAUAAAGCUGUGUUGUUGAUCGGAGAACAGGGAACUGCUAAAACUGUUAUGCUGAAAAGCUAUAUGGCAAAAUACGAUAACGAAGUUAAACUUUUCAAGAUGAUUAACUUUUCAUCUGCAACAACUCCGAAUAUGUUUCAGAGAAUUAUCGAGUCCUACGUUGAAAAACGAGUUGGUAUGACAUAUGGCCCGCCGAGUGGAAGAGCUAUGACAGUUUUCGUAGAUGAUAUCAAUAUGCCAGUAGUUAAUGAAUGGGGCGAUCAGGUUACCAACGAAAUAGUCCGUCAAAUGAUGGAACAAGGCGGGUUCUAUUCGUUAGAUAAGCCUGGUGAUUUCUUCAUCAUUGCUGAUAUUCAAAUGUUUGGAGCUAUGAUACAUCCGGGUGGUGGUCGAAAUGAUAUUCCACCGAGGUUAAAACGUCAAUUUAAUAUUUUUAAUUGCACUUUGCCCAGCAACGUUUCUAUGGAUAAAAUAUUUGAAACCAUAAGCUCUGGUUACUUUUGUAAAACAAGGUUUGACAAGAAAAUAAUAGAGUUUAUGCCCCGAUUGGUUCCUGUAACUAGGAUUAUAUGGCAACAGACCAAAGUAAAAAUGCUCCCAACGCCAGCAAAGUUUCAUUAUGUAUUCAACUUACGAGAUUUGUCUCGUAUUUGGGAAGGAAUACUUAUGAUCAAACGGGAAGAAUUGCAGUCUAUCAAAACAGCCCUCAAAUUAUGGUUUCACGAAUGUCUGAGAGUAAUAUCUGAUAGGUUCACGACCUUUGAAGACAAGGACUGGUUUACUGCGAACUUUUGGAAGACAGCUAUUCAAGAGUUACCAGAUAUAGUGAACGAGAUGUCCGAUGAAGAAACCUACUUCGUUAAUUUCUUGCGUGAGCCCAUUGACCCUACUGGCGAUGAAGAUGAAGAAGAUUUUAGUACUGACGCUCCUAAAAUUUACGAGGAAUUGCCUUCAUGGGAAUUCGUUUUGAUGAAGCUUGCUCAAUUCCAAGACACAUUUAAUGAGCAAAUCAGAGGUGCUCGUCUGGAUUUGGUAUUCUUCCACGACGCUAUGGUGCAUUUGUUUAUUAUAUCCCGUAUCAUUAAUACAGCUCGAGGCAAUGCUUUACUCGUGGGUGUAGGGGGCUCUGGAAAACAAAGUUUAACGAAGUUGGCCUCGUUUAUCGCAAACUUUUCUUAUUAUCAAAUUACUCUGACAAGGGCUUACAAUGUAAAUAAUUUUAUGGACGAUAUUAAAAUAUUGUAUCGCAUAGCGGGACUGCAGGGUCAGGGUAUAUCAUUUAUAUUUACGGAUAAUGAUAUUAAAGACGAACAGUUCUUGGAGUUCCUUAACAACAUUUUAAGUUCAGGAGAAAUUGCUAAUCUGUUUCCCAAAGAUGAAUUAGAUGAAAUAUUAAAUGAGUUAACGCCAAUCAUGAAAAAACACGCACCGAAGAGAAUUCCGGUACCAGACGUUCUUUAUGAGUAUUUUAUUAUGCGGUCAAGAGCCAAUUUGCAUGUCGUAUUAUGCUUUUCCCCGGUGGGUGAGAAAUUCCGAAGUAGGGCUUUAAAGUUUCCCGGUUUGAUAUCCGGAUCAACUAUGGAUUGGUUCCAAAAAUGGCCGCGAGAGGCUUUGAUAGAAGUGGCUCAUCAUUUUCUUGCAGAAUUUCAAGUGGUAUGUUCACCUGAGACAAAAACACAAUUAAUUGAAAUAAUGGGAAGUGUUCAAGACAAUGUCGCCGAAACUUGCUAUAAAGUGUUAUACAAGGCGAAGCACUUACAUAUUGCUGAAUUAGCAAGAAGAAUGACAACGGGAUUGGAUAAACUUGUUGAAGCAGCUGAAAGUGUUGACGUUUUAAAGAAAGAACUCGAAGUCAAGGAAAUGGAAAUCAAAGUUGCAACUGCCAAAGCAGAAGAGGUAUUAGCUGCAGUAGCUGAAUCAGCAGCUGCUGCGGAAGUUGUGAAGGCUGAGGUUCUGGCUGUGAAAGACAGAGCUGUGAAACUCGUCAGUGUUAUUGCGGCAGAAACAGCAGUCGCAGAAGAAAAACUAGCAGCAGCAAAACCAGCACUAGAUGCAGCUGAAGCAGCUUUACUAACAAUUAACGCUGCUGACAUUGCCACGGUCCGUAAAUUGGGAAAACCACCAUAUCUGAUUACUCUUAUUAUGGAUGCUGUAAUCCUAUUAUUUAGAAAGAAAAUUGAUCCAAUUAAACCUGACCCAGAAAAACAAUUCUUGUUAGCGUCUUGGGCUGAAUCUUUGAAGGUUAUGGCAGACGCAAGAUUUUUAAAUAACUUGAAGUUUUAUCCUAGGGAUGAAAUUAACGCAGAAAUGGUGGAUUUAUUGCAACCAUAUUUCAAUUUCCCACAGUACACUUUUGAAGCAGCUAAAAUAGCCUGCGGCAAUGUGGCUGGCUUAAUUUCUUGGACUAUAGCAAUGGCUCAGUUUUACGGAGUGAACAAAGACGUUUUGCCUUUAAAAGCAAACUUAGCUGUGAUGCAAAGCAAAUAUCAAGCUGCAAAACGAGAAUUGGAGGCUGCAGAAGCUCUCUUAGAAGCCAAAGAGCGCGAGCUGGCUGAAGUCCAACGUCAGUUUGAGGAAGCAAUGUCUCUUAAACAAGCAGUUUUAGAUGAUGCUGCUAAGUGUCAACAGAAAAUGGACGCAGCUACAGCUCUCAUAAAUGGACUAAGUGGAGAGAGAAUAAGAUGGACUGAGCAGUCUGCUCUCUUUAAGUCUGAAAUUGAAAGACUGGUUGGGGAUAUCUUGCUGUUAACUGGAUUUUUGUCAUAUACUGGACCGUUUAACCAAGAAUUUCGAGUGCUAUUGAUACAGAAUUGGUUGCAUGAAUUAUUAAAAAGGAAAAUUCCUGUAUCAAUGAAUUUGAGUAUUGUUGAUCAACUCACUGAUGCUGCUACAAUAGGAGAUUGGAAUCUUUGUGGUCUACCAUCGGAUGAAUUAUCCGUACAGAAUGGUAUUAUUGUGACGAAGGCAUCCCGUUUUCCGUUACUCAUAGAUCCUCAAACUCAAGGGAAAAUAUGGAUUAAGAACAUGGAAAAAUUCAAUGACUUGAUUGUCACAACUCUUAACCAUAAAUAUUUCCGUAAUCACGUUGAAGAUUGCGUUUCGUUGGGUAGACCCAUGCUGAUUGAGGAUGUGGCUGAAGAAUUAGAUCCGGCUUUGGACAAUAUUCUGGAAAAGAAUUAUAUAAAAAUAGGCUCUUCAUUCAAAGUAAAAUUGGGCGAUAAAGAAAUAGACGUUACAGCAGGUCACAAAAUCUACAUCACAACUAAACUUCCGAACCCCGCUUAUACUCCAGAAAUAUCGGCUCGAACAUCUAUCAUUGAUUUUACAGUCACAAUGCAAGGUCUUGAAGAUCAGCUUUUGGGACGGGUUAUACUUACUGAAAAAGCAGAAAUGGAAGCCGAAAGAACGCAGUUGAUCAUGGAUGUAACUGCUAAUCGUCGUAAAAUGCAGGAGUUGGAAGAAAAUUUGCUUCAUAAGUUAACCACAAUUCAGGGAUCUUUAGUAGAGGAUGUCUCACUAAUACAAGUAUUGAAUAUAACGAAGGCCACAGCAACUGAGGUUAAAGAAAAACUCGACGGAGCAAAAGAAACUGAAGCUAAGAUCAACCUCGCCCGCGAAGAGUUCAGACCGGUUGCCACACGUGGGUCGGUGCUCUACUUCCUGAUAUGUAACAUGUCAUUAGUGUGCAAUAUGUACCAGACCUCAUUGGCUCAGUUCUUGGAACGUUUUGACAUUUCCAUGGAAAGGUCGCCCCCAAGUCCUAUUACUUUUAAACGAAUUGCCUUCAUUAUUGAGUAUUUGACUUACGACGUUUGGAAGUACAUAAGCCGAGGAUUUUACGAGAAACAUAAGUACUUAUUUACUUUACUGUUAACGCUGAAAAUCGACCUUCAGAAGGAAUACGUGUCUUAUGAUGAGUUCCAGACGUUUAUUAAAGGAGGGGCAGCGUUGGAUCUUAAUGCAUGUCCUCCAAAACCUUUUAAAUGGUUGACUGAUAUGUCUUGGUUGAACCUAGUGCAACUAUCUAGUUUAAGGCAGUUUACAAAUAUACUAGAUCAAGUCACAAAUAAUGAAAAGGGAUGGAAGACUUGGUUUGAUAAAGAAGCACCUGAAGAUGAACCUUUGCCUGAUGGAUACCAUACAGUAGAUGUUUUCAGAAAACUUUUAGUAGUUCGUGCAUGGUGUCCUGAUAGGACAUUAGCACAAAGCUUAAAGUAUGUUAUUUAUUCGAUGGGUGCAAAAUUCUCUGAAGCUGUUAUCGUAAAUUACGAGCAAAUGGUGUUAGAAUCGCGACCAUUGGUACCGCUAAUUGGAUUUUUGGCAAUGGGUUCAGACCCGACCCCGUCAAUCGAAACGACAGCAAAGCGUCUUGAGUGCUUAUGUUCAUCUAUUUCUAUGGGUCAGGGUCAAGAAGUUCACGCAAGAAAACUUAUUGAUCGAGCUCUCGUUGAGGGAUUAUGGGUUUUGCUGCAAAAUUGCCAUUUAGGGUUGGAGUACAUGGUAGAAAUUAUGGAGCAGUUUGGUGAAUUAGAAAAAGAUCCAGAUAAGAUUCAUGAAACAUUCAGGCUUUGGAUAACCACUGAAGUUCACAUUAAGUUUCCGAUAACUUUACUUCAAAUGUCUAUAAAGUAUACCUGUGAACCACCUUCGGGUAUCAAAGCAGGAUUGAUGAGAACAUACGAUUCCAUGAGCCAAGACUUUUUGGAUUAUAGUGAUAGUCCAUUUUAUUUGCCACUUAUUUACACCAUUUCCUUCUUACAUACUGUUGUUCAGGAGCGUAGGAAGUUUGGUCCGCUUGGAUGGAACAUUCCUUAUGAAUUUAAUUCUGCGGAUUGGCUGGCGUCGUGCAUGUUUAUCCAAAAUCAUCUGGAUAUUUUGGAACCUGGUCAGAAUGUCAGUUGGACAACUGUCCGAUAUAUGGUAUCCGCUGUUCAGUACGGUGGGCGUGUCACUGAUGAUUAUGAUAAUCGUCUAUUGUUGACGUUUUGCAAAGUGUGGUUUACGGAACAAUUGUUUUCGGAAGAUUUCCAAUUUUAUAAGAAUUACGGAAUUAUGAAAUUUAAAAAUAUACCCGAAUAUAUUGAAGAGAUUGAUAAAAUGAAAACAAUCGAUCCGCCUCAAGCCUAUGGUUUGCAUACAAAUGCUGAUAUUACAUAUCAACGAAAUGUGACUCAGGAAUUGUUGGACACCAUACUGUCUAUCCAGCCGAAGGAAUCUAGUUCGGGAGGUGGAGAGACUCGAGAAGCGUCAGUGUAUCGACAAAGUAAAGAAAUGUUAGAGAAAGUCCCGCCUAAUUUCGAUCCCCAUGAAGUAAGAGAAAGGCUUCGGCUUUACGGUAUUUUAAAUUCAAUGGUAAUAUUCUUACGACAAGAAAUCGAUAGAAUGCAGAAAGUUAUCUCAUUAGUGCGGACAACACUGAAGGAUUUACUGCUGGCUAUAGACGGAACUAUUAUAAUGAAUGAGGCUCUACGAGAUUCAUUGGACAAUAUAUAUGAUGCGAAAGUACCCACCAUUUGGCAGAGGGGUUCAUGGUCUUCAUCAACUCUGGGCUUUUGGUUUACGGAGUUUUUGGAGAGGAACAUACAGUUUUCAGUAUGGUGCUUUCAGGCGAGGCCAUUUUCCUUUUGGAUGACGGGUUUCUUUAAUCCGCAAGGUUUCCUUACCGCUAUGCGACAAGAAGUGACAAGAGCUCAUAAGGGCUGGGCGCUAGAUAUGGUCUCUUUACAUAAUGACGUCACAAAAUCUCUUUUGGACGAAAUAAAAGCUCCUCCACCGGAGGGAGUAUUUGUUCAUGGGUUGUUUGUGGAUGGUGCGGGUUGGGAUCGCCGUAACCAGCGACUUUGCGAGUCCACACUUAAGGUUUUAUACACGCAGCUUCCUGUAGUUCAUGUGUAUGCGAUAAAUUCAACAGCACCCAAAGACCCAAAACUCUAUCAGUGCCCAGUGUACAAAAAACCCAAUCGCACUGAUUUGACUUUUAUCACUCCUUUAUGGCUGCCGACACUUAAAAAUCCAGACCACUGGAUACUACGGGGCGUUGCAAUUUUGUGUGACAUCAAGUGA